UCCCUUACUACAAAUUGCGCACUCACAACGGCUUUUACUACAGUUUCUUCAGACCGGGCCCAAGCAUCUCCUCGCGUGCCGCAUCUGAGGUCGCCACGAGCCUCGAGGGCGGCACGCCCGGAACCCAUCGGAGAUCCCCAACACUAUUCAUCCUAAGUCCGGCCACAGGUAAGGAAAACAGAGAACGAACAUGGGUAGGUAGGAUUGAUAUCACUCAACUAGGCCUGAAUCAGAGGUGACUAUAGCCAAGUGAGCGGGCCGCAUUGAGUUCCUUUGUCCAGGCGGGCUUCCUCGCGUGUUAAAGUCGGAGCACGAGGAGUGCGGCGCUCUCGCAGGUGUCGACGUGAUACGGCAACGAGACAAGACGCGACUCUGCACAUUUCAGACGUUCUGAUGAACGGAUGACGCUGUCUGGCGGACGAGUGAGGAGUUAAAGGAGCCUCGCAAGCCGCGAAUGCGCACUACUGUAUCUACUUACUUUAUUAGCAUGCCGAGCUUGGUCUUAACAACUGAUGAGGCCCACGACAGCUCAACUGAAGCAUUUCACGUACACAAUUGAUCGAAGGGAUUCCGCGACAAGUCAGAGUUGCCGAGACAUUGAUAUCGGCCCGCAAACAUGUUCGGCCGCGUCCUCCUUACCCUCGACGGCAUCAUGCUGCUGUUUGGCGCAUACAUGGCUGAUUGGAACGAGACGCACAUCCACAAUCCGCGGUGGCCGCCGCAUGCCAAAUUCCACAAUGCGCAGACAAUGACGCUCUCUUUAAUCCUGGGCAUGGCAACCCUCUUCUUCACGUGGCGAAACAACACGUCUGCCGAAAUGGCGAAGGAGUCGUUCCGCAUCGCGGGCUUCUUGGGGUCCAUUUACUGGGUGGCCGGAUGGGCUUCGUUGUUGUACCCCGGCACCAGCGGGCUGGACCCGGAGCACGGCGGACCGGGGUUCCCGCAGAAGUAUCCCUUCACCACGGCGAUUGGGCUCGCCGUGACGGGCAUGUAUCUCGAGGGAGGCUUCUAAAUUUGGGUUGCGUGAUUGCCCGGCAAUGACAAUCGUACGGGUACACGCAAUGUGGAGUACACGACAGGUGAAGAUUCAGUUCAGUCGACCACCACGUGGCGACGGAAGGUGGAGGCAUGGAGAGCAUUGCGAAAAGUGCUUAAUUGGGUUCAAGCAUUUGGUGAUCAUCUAUUUGAGUUGAAGGCAGGCCUGGAUAAGGGCGACGUGGACAUCCAGGCUGAGUUAAGAUGCUACUUAAGAUUGUUAAGUGCCUAGGUUACGAAUGC